AUGGCGCUCUUCGACCACUUCCACAACGUCUACGACGUUGCUUUUAAGCCUCGCUUGCUUCGGACCCUUCUCAAGGACCACGUUCCCGACCAAAACCAACCUUUCCGGAGCCCUUCGGAUCUUUCCAUUGUUCUUUCGGCCAUCAAAACUCACCGGCUCUUGUCCGAAUCCGUCACGGAAUCCAUCGAUCAGAAGCAUAUCGAUAAGUGGAAAACCGCCGUGGAUUCAUGGGUGGAUCGUUUGUUGGCUCUUGUUUCCUGCAAUAUGCCAGAUAAAUGUUGGGCUGGAACUUGUUUGCUUGGGUUGACUUGUCAAGAAUGUAGUACUGAUCGUUUCCUGGCAUCAUACUCAGUUUGGUUCCAUAAGCUCCUGUCACAUAUUCAGCAGCCAGCAGCAGAGUCUCAUUUUGUGAAGGUGGCUUCUUGUACCUCAAUAUCAGAUUUAUUAACAAGGUUGGGUAGCUUUCCAAAUGCAAAGAAAGAUGGGACUUCCCAUGCUGGGAAACUUAUUCAACCAGUUUUGAAGCUGUUAAAUGAAGAUGGCUCAGAGGCUGUAUGGGAAGGAGCAGUUCAUCUGUUAUGCACUAUUGUAACUUUCUAUCCAUCUUCCGUCCAACAUCAUUAUGACAUUGUUGAAGCCGCUAUCGUUUCAAAAAUUAUGUCAGGGAAAUGCAGUGUUAAUAUGUUGGAGAAGCUUGCUGCUUGCCUUGCAUUACUUCCAAAAUCGAGAGGUGAUGAGGAUUGCUGGUUUUUAAUGAUGCAGAAGGUUUUAUUAUCAAUAAAUGUUUACCUUAAUGAGGCCUUCCAAGGUCUAGAAGAAGAAGCUAAAUGUAAUGAAGCUAUUAGAUUAUUGGUACCGCCGGGAAAAGAUCCCCCACCUCCCUUGGGUGGUAAGAAAACAUCUGGAGAAGUCUUGGACAAGGUGGCAAGGAAGUCUGAGCAAUUGCUGAUGUCCAGUGUCACUACUCUGAUGCUUUGCUGCUGUAAAUUGCUUACAACUUCUUAUCCUGUUCAGGUAACUGUUCCUAUCCGUCCACUGUUAGCCCUUGUGGGGAGAGUACUGGUGGUAGAUGGCUCUUUGUCACAAGCCUUACUGCCCUUUGUGACUGCCAUUCAACAAGAGUUUAUCUGUUCACAACUUCCAACUUUGCAUUCAUAUGUUUUGGACCUUCUCACUGCAAUCAUAAAGAGAGUGCGCAGUCAACUACUACCACAUGCUGCAGAUAUCAUGCGGCUCUUGACAGUGUAUUUCAGGAUGUGCGCAUUGCCUGAACUAAGGAUAAAGGUCUAUUCAGUCAUAAAGAUUUUGCUGAUGUCCAUGGGUAUCGGAAUAGCGGUACAUCUAGCAGAGGAAGUUAUCAACAAUGCAUUUGCUGAUUUGAAUCCCAUUGAUCAAGGGACUGGUGAUGUAUCUUCUAGAGCAAAUUCAAAGGCCUCUACCGGAGCAUUGCUGCAGACAAGACAUAGGAAAAGAAAGCAUGCUACUACUGCUACUGGAUCUUCUGAGGAGCAGCUUGAUAGAGUCAAUUUUGAAAAAGAAGUGCCAAAAGGAUACACAACUUUUAUUCCUGUGAAGAUAGCAGCACUAGAGGCAUUAGAAGCUCUCCUUACAGUGGGUGGUGCUUUGCGGUCUGAACGCUGGCGAUUAAAGGUUGAUCUUCUUCUGAUAACUAUAGCAACAAAUGCUUGUAAUGGGGGAUGGGCCGAUGAUGAAAGGGUCAUUUCCCUGCCCAGUGAUGCAACCUCAACUCAGGCAGAUUUCCAGCUUGCAGCCUUACGAGCACUUUUGGCUUCUCUUCUUUCCCCAGCUCGUGUCCGGCCCCCAUAUUUGGCCCAGGGUCUUGAGCUUUUUCGUAGAGGUAAGCAAGAAACCGGAACCAGGCUUGCUGAAUUCUGUACCCAUGCUCUUUUGGCUUUGGAAGUGCUCAUUCAUCCUAGGGCUCUUCCACUGGAGGAUUUCCCCACUGUUAAUCGUAAAUCCUUUGAUAAUGGAGCUAAUCACAAAUACCCAGAAAGUAUGUACUCUGGUGGUCAGGACCUCAACACCCCAUUUUCAAGGGGUCCAUUGGGAAUGGCACUUGGUGUUCCCAAUCCAGAUUAUGAUCUGUACGACAAGUGGCUGGGGAGCGACGAUGAAAUUGAUAUUCCAGUGACUGAUCCCAGUAAGAAUAGGAAUAAUGUUGACGAUGCUUCAGAAGCCUUUAGAGACCACCAGACAGAAAAGCUUCCUUCUGUGGAUGGUGCAUCCAGUCCAAAAGUUGCAAAGAAAAUUGAUCACAGGUCAGCAGCAACUGGUGCUGACACGAGGGAGGGAAGAACAGAGGAAGAAAUUAUGGUUGAGUCACACCAAUUUCCAGAAUCUAUUUCUCAGGAAGAAAGCACAUUUCCUGUUGUUAUCAGUGCAUCAACAAGCACUAAAAUAGAAAUUGGGAAGGUUGCUUCAGACAGUGGUGCAUUAGAUCCUGGGGAUAGUGAAAUAGCAACUGGCAACGAUGUCUUAGUGGCUAAAGGUGAUAGUUUUGCCAUACAGGGAGAAAAUGCUUCCACUGCAGUAUCAAAUUCUGAAAGAAGUAAAGGACUUGUGUCCGAAUUGGACAAUGAAUCAUCGAUGGAUUCAUUUCCUGAUAUUGUGGAUGCGGAUCCAGAUUCUGAUUCAGAAUGAAGUGAUAGUUCUAGUAAUAUACUUAGAGCAUGAUAUGACAUGAAAAGGACUUAAAGAUGUUAUGGAGCUUCCCAUUAUUUAAUGUAGUUCUCAAAUCACAACUGAGCUGUGGCUCAAUAGAAUGACUGAGAAUAGAGGUUGGUAGUUGAAAUCUACCAAGGUAGAAUGGAACUUAUUUAUAUGAUAAAGUUGUAAAAAAACUGAAGUUUUUAGCCUAUUUCUUGACUGGUUAUGAGAAAGGGUAGUUUCUUUCUGUUUAUCUUA